AUGACAAAAAGUAGACAGAGGUCUCAGAACCCACGUCUCAUUACAAAAGUAGACAGAGGUCUCAGAACCCACGUCUCAUCACAGAAGUAGGCAGAGGUCUCGGUACCCACGCCUCAUCCGAUCCCACAGCCAUAACCAGACGGAGGUACGUUUCAGGCCCCACGUCUAUAUUAUCCACCAUAAUGAGCCAAACAACUGGAUCGAAAGACUCUCCCCGUCAGGGCCCCAAUCAAGCCAGUAAUAACACUUCCCAGAACAAUACGAAAGAGGAUGGAGCUAUGAAAGAUGAUGGAGGAAAGAAAACCCCCAAUAUAGCCAGGUCUAAACGAGGUACAGGGUUCAAAAUCCCCCUCAAAGGAAAAGUCAAGACCCCCUCCCAGGCCAAACCCAAGGGGAAGACAGCUAAAACCCCUACUCCGGACGAAUUAACCCUCGGGACGUCCGUCACCUUACUGGGAAAGAUACCGAAGGUUAAGGGGGCCGAGUUUUCUUUGGACGACUCGGAUAAAUUCGAGACGAUUCCCGUCACCAAGAAAGCGAAGAUGGGGGAAUCAGGGAAGGACGUAAAAACGGGUUUUCAUCCCCCUGACGACACGGACAUUGCCUCGGCGGCAUGGUUCAUGAAGAUGUUCCAGGCGGCGCAAAAAUGUAUGAACUUGUCGAAUCAGCCGAUUGCAGGCGACACCAGCGCCCCUACCAGAUCAGCGGCGCAGACCAAAACUCGGCCCGACAGCCCAGGCGCCCCGACGCCGGACGGGCCGCUGAGGCGUGACGGAGUACCGGCGAAGCGGCCACGGCCAGGACAACGGGACAUUGAAAGCCGUACUCGGGGGAGAAGCCCGAGUACCUGUCAUGCUCCCUCUAUUGAUAUAAAUGAGGAUGAUUCAAACUCUGAAUAUGGCUACCAUCGGCCCAUAGCAUCCCGCAAGCGAAAAUGGGCAGACUCUUUGCUGUCUCAACUUUCCACUUCAGGAUCAGGGAGACAGAGCAUUGCUAGCGGUCGUUAUGAGAAGGAGGGGGUUUCAGUGAUUAGUGAGGGUUUUUCUUCAGCUAUUUUUGCUUCCAGCCCCAGCUCUCGCCAUGAUAGCGUAGAAAGCAAGCCUGUUUCGGCUGCAGAUUUGAUUACGAAAUACUGCCCCCAGCUUAAGGCAGAGACUACCGACUCAGAGGAAUCUAAGCCUAUUUUCUGUCUCGAUUCGGAGCUUGGGAGACAAUCUGUCAACUCAGCUGCGGUGAAGCUUGACAAACCCUUCUCAUCCUGCCUGAAUUACCUUAAUGACAGGGGAAGGGACUUACGUCCUACCAACAGAGUGGUUAAGAAGCACUUUCGCUUUGGGGAACGAGACUUUAAGCACGCUUUCAAGACUCCCACAGUCCCAGAUGCAGCCUUUUGUGUUGGUGAUGCUAAGGCUAAGAGAUCGCGCUACUCUAAUCAGAAUCCACUCGGGUCACGUAGAUUUAAGCGUUUGGAGAGUCAGUUGACCUCUAUUGACCAGGCAGCCAGGGCAUCUAUGCGCCUAGCAACCUAUCACACAUAUCUUUUGACAGCCUUUCGGGAAUCUGAGAGACUAGGUAUCUCCCCAGAGGAUCGCAGAGACAUAUGGGAGUGUGUUAUGAAGAUUGCAGAAUACCAGUUUGAACAGGUUCAUCGAAAACAAGCCAUUCAAGAUGGAAUGCCUCUCCAAGAUCCUGCCCCUGCUUCGCCCCCACGAGUGGGCGGCAUCUAUAGACUUAUCGGACGCGUAUCUUCACGUUCCAAUAGCAAGGUCCUCUCAGCAUCUCCUAGGUUUCGCAAUAGGAGGGGACACUUACCAGUACCAGGCCCUCCCUUUCGGCCUUCGCUCUGCUCCUCGCAUCUUUACAAGGCUCGUCAGGGUAAUUGCUGUAGAGCUAAGAAGAAGAGGGGUAAAAAUUUUUUGCUAUCUGGACGAUUGGUUGAUCCUCGCCCCCUCAGAACAAACCCUUCUCAGACACUUGAAGGUCACAAUCGCGUUAACGACAAAUUUAGGCCUUCUCAUAAACUGGGAAAAAUCAAGAUUGACUCCAACUCAGACUCCGGAUUUCCUUGGAGCAUUUAUAGACAUCCCGCGUCAGGUGGCAGCCCCCCUUCCCCACCGGGUUCAGAGAAUGAGAGCAGUCGCGGAGCAACUCCUGUCCAGUCGUCUCUCGACUGCGAAGACUUGGCAGAUUUUUCUGGGACUCUUAGCAAGCUUAGUGAAUACAGUUCCCCCUUGCAGACUGAGGAUGAAUUUUCACAUAAACAGUUUGGAGAUGAUUGCGGUGCAGUUAGCCCUCCAACACUUUGCAUCCGAGAUAGUGGAAAAGUGUGUCCUGAUAAAGUCAGACAACCAGACGGUGGUAACAUAUCACAUAGCAGACUUCUUUUCGAGGGGGCGCUAUCUCCCCUCGGAAUGGAUGCUCCACGAGGCUGUGGCCAGGGAGAUAUUCAAUCAUUUCGGCAACCCACAGAUAGAUCUAUUUGCCUCAACACUACCAGGGACCCAGCACUACUACCCCGAGCCCAACAAACUGAGGCUCACACUGUGGCCCAUUACAGGGCAGCAGCAAUCAAGGCUGGACUUUCUGAACGGGCUGCCAAUUUCUCAGCAGAACGUUUACGGUCUUCCACACGAUCAACCUACGACUCCAGACUCAGUCACUAUGUGAGAUGGUGUCGGCAGCCUAAGACUAAUCCAUGCAGGGCAUCUGUAGUUUCAUUCCCCCUCACAGGGCUGUCUCGCCGGAUACUAUCUCUCGUUGGAUUGUGGAGGCAGUGAAAUCUGCUGGUGAUCCAGUCAUCAUUCACCAGAAAAUUAGAGCCCAUGACACAAGAGGAUUGGCUGCUUCCUGGGCCUUAUUCAAGGGCGUACCCAUGGAGGAUAUAAUGAAAGCGGCAUAUUGGUCCAACGCUAAUACAUUCACAUCCUGCUACCUCUCGGAUGUCCUCGGUGAUGAAUCCAAGUUUGCGAGGGCCACCCUGUCCGGUCCCCAUCGCUAAUCCAAGGUAUGAUUUUAACUUUACAAGCUUGUCAUUUGUAUCUUGUAUAAUAGAAUUGAUCUGUAGGGCCUCUUGGCUUUGACCUUUGGCCUGACCACCUCCCAUAGUUGUUUCCGUGGGAAUCUGGCAUUUAAGGGAAUAGGUAAGUAUGGCGUAUCUGAAGUAGAUUAUGUUUUUCACUAGUGAACACCAUAUCUACGAAGUAGCCAUACUUACCUAUGCUACCCUCCCACCUCCCCUCUUUCUGUAUCUGAGGUUCGUUUGCCUAAGAAAGAGGAAGUGAGCCACGCACGCAAGGUACUUAUAGUAUAGGGCGGGGUUUCCCUCCUUGUCGUGCAGGGCUCUAGUCUGCGUUGCAGACUUUUUCUCCUUUUAUAGGAGAAAUUUUUGCCGGGUGUAUUCGAGCGUGGCGAUCGAAUGGCAUUUAAGGGAAUAGGUAAGUAUGGCUACUUCGUAGAUAUGGUGUUCACUACUGAACAACAUAAUUU